AUGGCCACGGAAGAGCAAAAGGUUCAGGACUCGCCCGAGUUCUUCCAGUCCAUCGGUUCCAAGGUUGAGAACCUUGCACCCAAGGCAAAUGGCGAGCCGGACGAGGACGACGACUUCAGGCCCGUCGACGAAAUUGAAUCGCUGUGCAUGAACUGCCACGAAAACGGCAUCACGAAAAUUCUACUUACCUCGAUCCCCUACUUUCGCGAAGUUGUGAUCAUGUCCUUUUGCUGCGAGCACUGCGGUCUUCAGAACAACGAGAUUCAACCGGCCGGCACGAUCCAGCCCAAAGGCACACAUUACGAACUACGACUGACAGACCUUGCCGACUUUAGCCGCCAGGUCAUCAAGGCCGACUCCGCCGUUGUCAAAUUCAUCGAACUCGAUCUCGAGAUUCCUUCCGGUCGCGGCCAGCUCACCAACGUCGAGGGUCUGCUCACCACUGUCCUUGAGGAUCUCGAGCUUGGCCAGGAGGCACGCAAGGAGCAGGUACCAGAGGUGCAUAAAAAAAUUGCCGAAAUUAUAGCCAAGGGCCGCGCCAUGCUCGUAGGCGAGUCCUUUCCCUUCCGCGUUUAUGUCGACGACCCCGCUGGCAAUUCGUUCAUUGCGCCCGAUCUCAAGGACGGUGUCGGCAAGUGGGAGAAGCGCGAAUACCCUCGCACCUCUGAACAGAACGCUGCUCUUGGCCUCGCCGAUAGCGAUGUCAACGCCGCCAUUGCCGCCAAGGAGGCCGGCUCCGGCAGCGGUGGCUACCCCGGCCUGACUUCUGAGGGCGAGAUUAUCCCCGACGAAGUCUACGAUUUCCCCGCGACUUGCCCCGGAUGCAUGCACGCCUGCGUCACCCACAUGAAGAUGGUUGAUAUCCCCCACUUCAAGCAGGUUGUCCUCAUGUCUACCGUCUGUGGCGACUGCGGUUACCGCUCCAACGACGUCAAGACUGGCGGCGAGAUUCCCGAGCAAGGCGAGGUCAUCACCCUCACCGUCGAAGACAACUUUGAUCUCGCGCGCGACAUCCUCAAGAGCGAAACCUGCGGCCUCGAGUGCCCCGAGCUGCAGCUGCAGGUCAACCCCGGCACCCUCGGCGGCCGCUUCACCACCGUCGAAGGCCUCCUGACGCAGGUCCGCAACGACCUCCACGGCCAGAUCUUCGAGGCCGACGGCCAUAACGGCCAACGGGGCGGCGACUCCCUCAGCUCCUCGGACCGCACACAGUGGGACGCCUUCUUCGAGGGCAUCGACGCCGCCAUCGCCGGCGACAAGAAGUUCACCGUCGUCCUCACCGACCCCUUCGCCAGCAGCUACGUCCAGGCCCUGGUCGACCCGCCUGCUCCAGACCCCAAGAUCGCGCGCAUCAAGUACGAGCGCACGGCGGAGGAGGAGGAGGAGCUGGGCCUGAACGACAUGAAGGUCGAAGGGUACGAGGAGACGGAGCAAAACGGCGUCAACGGCGAGGCCCACGAAUAA